AUGUCGACAGGGUCCGUCCAACUGCCAUCUCCUUCAUUCGAGAUCCUCAAUACCAUUGAAACUGCGCUCCCACCGCCGUCUUCCUCGCCCGUUAGAAGAAGCUUAGAUACUGGAAACGAACUUUCGUCCCUGGAGGACGGGUUCUACGCGUCCGAUAUCAUGGAGGGGGACGCGCGGGGAGAACAUCCCCUAACAAACUCGAGUACAACCGGUGUAGAUGAUGGAGCUUACUACACACAAGACGGAACAACAGCCGAUGCGAAACGAGACGACCGAUCUACACAUGUUGUUGAGCAGCUGGAUCUGGACGACUCGAAUGCUUCCCUAAAUCUACCUCCGCUACCCGAUAAUGAUGACAACAGCCUUUUACUCCUGUCCAGCGAUGACGGUGAUCACGAGCGCAUGGUCAAUCAAACUUUAAUGGAGGAGAAAGAAAUGCGAAGAAAGUUGAUGGACAUGGAGUCAAGCUUCUUACCGGAACCCUCAACGAUUCAAAUUGUUCCAAGGAAUCAGCACUCGAGUGCCGACGAUACCUAUCUGGUUGGAGUCGACGAGUGCGCCCCGGAAUCCAACAAACCAGAUCAUGCUCAGUCGUCCUUCGUGGUACCGGAUAGCUCAAGUUAUGAUAUUACUUCUACCUAUGAUGGUGUUCCGAUAUCACAAACCCCCAGUUACAGGCCUGAGGCGGAUAUGAAUGUGGACUCAGAGAGUACCCCUGCACCCUCCUCCGAGUGGCGGGAGAAUAAUGAGAAGGAUUUAGAGGCGGUGCAGUCAUCGCCCGCGGCACAAGCGGCAGCUAGGACCGUAAAUCGGAAUCAGUUUUCAGCAUCUGAAGGCAGUCGCCAGAUUAACCAAUUUUAUGAGGAGCCAACGGAUAGGCCACCUGUAUCCAAUUCGAAUCAAUCCCAACAGCCAGCUCGUCGGGACUUUCGCACGGAUUUGCGGAGCCUUUCGCCCUCGCAGGCGGGGCAUCUCAGCGAAAAUAUCAACUAUGAAGUGGAGGCCACCUCGCGCACAAGCAGCCGUAGAGGGAAUAGACCGAAAUAUCUGACCAGCCGCCAGUCAAUCCAUCGCCUCUCUUAUUCCUCGGUGACAAGCAACAAUACAGAAAUGACGAAUAGUGAUGCAACAUUGGGUGCCGACUACGCGCUUCAGUCGGGAGGUGCAGUACCAGGUAACGCUGGUACUGUCCAACACGAGCAGCGUAACAACCUGGCUAGAUCAGUGAGCCUAGGGAGUAUGGCUUCCGGUAUAUCUGGGUAUAGUGAUGAAAAUCUCCUCGAUAAGAGAAAUCCCAGUAGCACUACAGAAAGUGGCUUAGGUACCUUGAAUGAGGAGGAAACGCCUUUGCAGUCACGCCCCGGAUCAUCCCAGCAAAAGCGCGGACGCAACCAAGAGGAGCCUCUGGCUGAAGAUACUAUCGGACUAAUGACACCCAAAGCGAAGGCGCAGGAUAUCAGUUUUCCCACAGAAACGGCCAUUGCAGAACGUGUCAAAGAUGUCCAGGUACCAAGCACAUUUGUGAAGCAAUUUAGAGAAGACUAUGCUGGCCGCGGAUUAUCACCGGACAAGCGUGCAGGUGCCACUCCAGCCUUUGCAAGGAGUGGCCGGUCCAUGACCCUCAAAGAGCAAAGCAGCACAAUCGACCGUCUCUCUAAAGAGAACUUUGACUUGAAGAUGAGAAUUCAUUUUCUCAAUGAGGCUUUGAAUCGCCGCUCUGAGGAAGGAAUAAAGGAGAUGAUUUCGGAGAAUGUUGAGCUAAAGUCAGAUAAACUGAAACUUCAGAAAGAUAGCCAAACUCUAAAAAGAAAAAUCCGUGAUUUAGAGAAGCAACUUAAAGACCAUCAGUCUGACAAGGAAUCUAUGGUGAAUCACGACCCUGAAGGAUCUGAAGACGAUGGUCGUGAACCAGCACAGGAAGAAGAGAUACUAUUUCUACGGGAGAGAGUGGAGGUUUACGAGCUCGAAAUUGAGAGACUAAGGUCUGAAAGUAUUGCCAGGGAAAGCGAGAAGAGGAAACUAGCAGAAAUUCUCAAAUCACUUAAUGAUGGAAGGCCAAUGGGUUCGGAUGUAGGAGCAAGGGAAGAGAGGGACAUGUGGAAAGAUAUGCUCGAAGCAGAGACGGCUGCUCGAGAGCAAGCAGAGGAGGAGAACAAACGGCUACGAGACGAUGCGCUACGCCUUAAGAGUGAAAUGAGCUCAAUAAUAGUCUCCACAAGACCAGCGCAGCGUGACCGGGUAGAGUCCAUGAAUUCGUACUCUGCUGUCUCUGAUAGAGAGUUGAAUCGCAAUACAAACCCCAGUAGCUCCUCUAGUUCAACUUUGGUAAUGGAAUUGGAGCUCUUGAAACAAGAGAAUGCGGAGUUGAGGAAAGAAGUCAGUGCUCAAACCUCGAUGCUUACAUCUCGAAAUCGAGAAAAAGAACGUCUCUACCAAGAGAUCGAGGAGCUGAAGCUUGGCCAGCGGCGCGACGGUGGCCGCUCUAUUGCUGGGGACAGCAUCUUUGAUCGGUCCGCAUCUCGAGCUCACGGUAGACCAUCCUCUCGAGCGAGUGACAGAACAGGUCCAUACCCAGGCGAUGACGCGGAACGAGAAGAUCUGGAGGUUCGGAAUGGACAGUUGCGUGAUCAGGUUUCUGCGCUGAAACUUGAUAAUCAAGCUGUUCGGACGGAGCUGGAGGAGUAUAAGCGAGAGUUGGAAGAGUACAAGAAAGAGUUGGAAACACUUGACAAAGCAUACCAAGAACGUGGCAAAGAAGUUGAGGCUUUCGAUAAGGCAUAUCAGGCUGACAUGGAUCAAGCGGAGGAAGAAAUGCAAAAACUACAAGAAGAUCUGCAAAACCUAGAGCAAGAACGUGACCGUGCACUAUUGAUGGCGGAUGAACAUAAUGCGGCUUUCCAGGACUUGAGGGCUGAGGCCCAAGAUGAGCUGGAUGCCCUUGGCGAGGAGCUUGAUCAGAAGACUGAAGAGUGCCAACGGUUAGGGGAGGAGUUGAAAAUUCAAGAUGAGAAUCUCCGGGCGCUGCAGGCGGAGAUGCGUUCAGCCAGCGAAGGCAUCAUUCGGCUUGAAGAAGACGCACAAAACAAUAUGCAGCGUUACAAAGCUGUCCAACAGGAACUCGAGGACUGUAAUCGAGAGAUGGAAUCUCUUGAGAAAAGCCUCUUUGAAGCAAAUACGAAGGUCCAGCGACUGACUGUUCAAAUAGAAUCGAGUCAGAACGAGAUUGCAUUCUUGCGAGAAGAGCAAGAUGGUGAUAAGAUCAGAAUCGGUGAUCUGGAGUCCGAAUUAAAGACAUACAAUAUGAGCCUUCAAAGCGAAAAGGACAAGGCCAGAGAACUUGAGGAGCGCCUUACAGAAGAGCGGCAUCAACGAGAGGUUGUAGGAAGCAAGGAGAAACAAGAAGUUCAGCGAAUCGUCAACGAGUUGAAUCGAGAAGCAUCUGCUGCCAAGGAGGAGGCGCGGAAACUCAAGAAGAGUCUAUCGGCUCAAGAAAUCGAGACUAAUACUUGGAGGGAGCGACUCAUGGAUUUGGAGAACAAUCUUCGGGAGACUUUAGGUGAUCUGACUGGUAGUCGCUCUAGCUUGAUUUCCAAGAUCAUGGAACUUCAAAAGAAUCUUGAAUCGACUGCUUGGGAACUCGAAAGUACCCGCUCAAAACUAGACGAGACCGAGUCGCUAUUACGAAAUCGCGAUGCGCUACUUGAGAGUCAUGGGCUGGAGUCUCGGAAGUUAGCUGAGCUUCUCGAACGCGAGCGACAUUCUCGUCGGGCCGAUAAGCAAUCGUUUGAGCAGGCGCUUAAAUCUCACCACCAAGCAUCUCGGACCAUCACUCAAAACAAUUCACGCAUCACAGAGCUAGAAAAUGCCCGCAGUCAGGAUCGCAAGCGGUUUACUAAUCUUGAGCAACAAUUCAAGGAUCAGCUAAAUGAGCGGAACACAAUGCUUCUUAUGAUCUGGAAACGUUUAUCGGCGAUGUGUGGACCGGACUGGGCCCACUCUAACAGCUUGAUCAACGGCAACUUGCCAAGUCAAGAAGUCAUAGGCAAUAUCCUGUUCUGGCCGGGCUUCAGCCGCAAUCUUUUGCUUGCUGUGAAGACGCUGGAGAAUGUGAUCUCGGGCUUCAAGAAUCGCAUUAAGGGCGUUGAACGUGACCUUACCAAGCAAUAUCAGGCCGUCGAGCACACCUUGAGCUUACGGAUCAAAAAGCUGGAUCGCUUAGAAGAAUCAAUGAUGAACAUGCGUGCCCAACAACAUAGGCUGGGUCAAUCUGGCCUGUCGCCAGAGAUUGCCAAGCUUCGAGGGGAGAAUCGGUUGUUGAAAGCUGAGCUGAAUCUGCUACAAUCUCACUCGCGCAGCCGCGGGCCUGCCGGGAUGGGGUCGAGCUCUCCACGCAUGGAAUCCGGGGCAGACGUAGAUCCAGCUUCCUUGGUUCGUCAUAAUUCCAUGGUUGAAAAGCCCGCCAUCCCCCAUAAUUCUCGGGGUUUGACGCGGAGCUCAACCAGCGGUAUACCUCAACCAUCCCAUGUCUCUUCAACCACGACACUUGCCGACGGUGCUGGGACCAUGGUGCAUAGUUCCCGCACAAGACGCGCGGUAGGCGACCAAGGGAAUAGUGAGAAAUGGAUUCAGCGGUUGCACGAACUGGAGAAAAGACUGAAGCAAGAAAGGGAAGCACGCCUACUAGAUCGUAACGGGGCUCGCAAGCGACUUGAAGAGCGAGAUGCUGAAAACCAAAGGCUUCGAGCCCAACUAGAGAGGGAGCGUGUGCGCAAAGACAUGUCAACGGAUUAUUCUGUUGAUGACAGCGCUGAUCAGGCUCGAGGGCAAAAUCUAAGGAUAAUUCAAGGGACUGAUCAUGGCUCCGGUGACGGAUACGUUAAUCACAGAGAUGAUGACCCGAGCUCGAGUGAUGGAGAAGGGAUAUGUGUUGAUAUUGAGGUUUAG